GGUGGAGCAUGCGCGUUGCCAAACAGCGCGUGGAGCUGCACGGAGCGGGGGAGAAGAUAGCUGCUUCAACACAAUAACGAAGUCGGUGGUGGCUGAGAGGAAUAGAGUGAGCGAGGUGGGCCAGAAAGCUUCAUGAAGAUGCAUUGCAAGCUGCAGAUCCAAGAUUCUGCAAGUGGAAGAUUAAAGGUUCAAUCCAAAUAUCGCAUCAAUCCCUCGAUUUAUUAGGAUCUGAAUCAGAUGGACAUCUGAAUAUGGAAGGAUUAAGGGCAUUGAAAAGGGACGAUUUUCAGAUAGGAAGCUCAAAGCAAAUACCACGUCUGGACCUGACCGAGACACUCAAUUCAUCAGGACCUGAACGUCAUCAGAUUUUGAACAUGGAAGGUAAAAGCAGCGUUAACAGUGGUGAGAAACCAUACUCGUGUUCUGUGUGUGGACGAGGCUUCAACCAAUCAUCUGGUCUGUCGAGACACAAAGUUAGUCACAGUGAGGAGAAACCAUGGAAAUGUGGGGACUGUGGGAAGGGAUUCAAUUACCCUUAUGAACUGGAGACUCAUCAGCGAGUUCACACUGGGGAGAGACCAUUCACCUGUAGUGAGUGCGGGAAGGGAUUCACUCAGUCAUCCAGCCUUCUAACACACCAGCGGGUUCACACAGAUGAGAGACCUUUUAAAUGUCCAGACUGUGGGAAGUGCUUUAAAAGUUCUUGGGAACUAAUGACCCAUCAACGUGUCCACACUGAGGAGAGACCAUUCAGGUGCUCUCACUGUGGGGCUGGAUUCAAGUACUCAUCUCAACUCACUGUACAUGAGCGCAGUCACACGGGGGAGAGGCCAUUCACCUGCGCUGAGUGUGGGAAGGGAUUUACUCAGUCAUCGAUCCUAUUAAAACACAAGCGAGUUCACACCGGAGAGAGGCCAUUCACCUGCACUGAGUGUGGGAAACAAUUUGCUCAGUCAUCCAGCCUGCAGACACACCAGAGAGUUCACACUGGUGAGAGGCCAUUUAUUUGCCCUGAUUGUGGGAAGGGAUUCACUACCUUAUACAACCUGCUGAUACAUCAGCGAAUUCAUACCGGGGAGAGACCGUUCACCUGCUCAGAGUGUGGGAAGAGAUUUAUUAACUCAUCCCACCUGCUGAGACACCAGCGUGUUCACAAGUAAAUUCACAGAUUGGAUUUUGUCGUUAAUCACAUCAGGACUGAACCACGUUCAUUGGGGUUUGUUUCUGCUGCUGUUAAUAGAUACCACUCCAGUAAUACAUGUCAACAUUCUGGAUAAAAGUAGAAUAAACAAGUUUCAGACACUGCGUCAAGUAUUUUCUAAUAUUUCUGACACGCAUUAGUUACUUCUUAAGUGACCACCAUCCCCAUUUCCUCCAUCUUCACCUCCAACAAGUGCAAGAAGUUCUUGGAAUUUCUUUGUCACUAAAAUCUCUGCCUCGGUUGCACUAGCUGACUGGACAAAAUAUCCUCUAAUCUUUGCCCGCCUCCAUUCCUGGGCACUCAGUCUCUCUCCCAUUUCACUCCUGAUGCCCUGUCAGUGCUCAGCCUGUCCACUGAGCUCCUGCAUCCUCCACCCAAUUCGCAGAAAACUACCUAUGUUUGCUGCUGCUGUUAAUGGUUCACACUCUGUCUCUUCUGGUUCUGUCCCUCUCACUUUUACAUCCAUAAUCCAUUCUAAAAUAAAACUUGAACCACCGUCCUUUCAAACCUCUGCUCCUUCUUCACCCUCUCUUUCUUCUCUAAGGCCUUGAUGUCCCCCAAGGAUCUAUCCUUGGUCUUUCCUAUUUCCCAUCUUCAUGCCAUCACUUGUGAAACCACUGUGUUAGUUUUCACGUGUACACUGAAAGCCUCCAGUUCUCCUCAUCAACAUCCCUCUCCAUUCCUCUGCUGUUCCAAAUAGAUCAAAUGGCCUAUGCCACAUCCAGUACUUGAGGAGAUGAAAUUUCCUCCAGUUAUAAAUUGGGAUUAUCAAGGCCAUUGUCUUUGUUCACCCCUAAAAAUUCAUUCCCUCGGGGUGUCUUGGAGAAAGUGCUUGAGGCUGAAUAGCACAGCGAGCAAUCUGUCCUAUUUGACUUCAGGAUGAGACUACACGCCCACACAGCCAUCGGUACUAAAUAAUUCAAUCACCCCUCUCCACCCCACCCUAGUUAGUCUGCUACUGAAAUCUUCAUCCAUGCCUGUGUUAUCUUUAGACUUGAUGAUUCCAGUGCAUUCCUCGCUCAUUCAUCCCUCCUGUCUGGAAAUACAAAAUCAUACAAAAUUUUGCUGCCUGUGUUCUUUUCUGCACCAAAUCCUGUACACCUAUUUCCCCACAUUGCAACAUUGCCUGUCCUGGAGCCAAAGUUCAAAAUUUGCAAACAUUUUUUCAAAUCCCCCAUGGCCUUGUCCUUCCCUAUCUUUCUAAUCUCUAGACAUAGAACCCAUAAAGUGUCUAAACAGGCUAUUUGGCUCUACAAGUCCACUGACUCUCCAGAGAGCAUCCCACCCAGACUCACUUCCCUACUCUAUAGCUGAAUUUGCCGUGGCUAAUCCAUCUGACCUCCUCACUACGGGAAUUUAGCAUGGCCAGUCUGCCUAAAGUGCACACCUUUGUACUGGGGAGAAAAACAGAGAUUUUGAUGGAAACCCACACAGACAUGAGGAGAAUGUGCAAAUUUCACAUAGACAGUUGCCCAAGGUUGGAAUUGAACCCGGGUCCAUGGUGCUAUAAGGCAGCAGGGCUAACCACUGUGCCACCGUGCUGCCCCCAGUCUCUCAAUUCUCUUGAGAAAUCUGCCCACUCCACAUUCAGUCCUCUUGAGUCUCCCUGAUUUUAAUCACUCCGUCACUGGUGGCUGUGCAUGGGUGGGAAAUUCUGAUAUUCAGUUCCUGAACCUUUUCAUUUUCUCUCCUGAUUAAAGAUUCAUCAUUAAAACCCUCUCCAUUUAAGAAUGUCCUUCAUGUUGCCCUAUCUAAUUGUCAAAUGUUUAUUUUAAAACAUUUUCUCUGAAGCCCCAUAGGACAUUUUACUGCAUUAGGCAUAUUACAUAAAUACACGUGGUUACUGGUUCACAACACCAGUUUGUGCACAGUGAUACUCCACAAAGAACAAUUAGAUGAGUGACUAGUUAAACCAGGUUUUGUUGGUGCUAAUAGUUAAGACACAUGUGCUAGUCCUGCUGCAUCAGAAUUCCUCUGUGAACAGUCUGUGAAGGAGCUUUGGACUCCUGAGCUGAGAGUGGAGCUGAAUGAGUUGUCAAACCUGCAGUGAACCUUGAAGAACCACUAUGUGGGAUCUUUCCUUUUUAUUCACCAACUCCCAGGUGAAGUUGACUGUGCAGUAAAACAAAUCAGUUUGAAUCUCUGUCCCCACGUAAUCCUCAGAGAAAAAACUACAACAUUCUUGCAUUCAUUUCAAAUCUUUCUCACCCUCAGAACAUACCAAAAUGAUUGACAAUCAAUGAUGAAUUUGGAAAGGAUAAAUGAGGUAGAAUAAACUAAACUCUACAGUUUUAAAAAUAAAGAGUGCAGAAACACAGUGACCUGUAAUUGUAUGAACACUAUUGUUUGUUUGUGACAGGAUAAGUUGAUCAAGCUGUGUUUUGUAAAAUCUUAACAGGUCCUUAAUUUACAUGAGAUGUACUAAGACAUGAAGUUCUCCUAAAUCUUUCUAAAUCACUUAAAUCCUGAAUUGAAUUACUGUAUUCAUUUCUAAGCACCAGACUUUAGGAAAGAUGUCAAUGCCUUGGAGAAGUUGUGGAGACAAUUUCAGAAUAAUAUCAGGGAUGGGUGGUUUCAGUUCAUUUGAAGAGACUGGAGAAGCUGGAAUUUGUUCUCCUCACAGCAUAGAAUGUAAAAGAGUGAUUGACCAGAAUGUUUGAAACAUCUGUAGGAGUAUUUUCUCCACCCAGGGAGAAAUGAUUUGGGUGUUCGGGAUGGUUGAUGCCCAUUGAAUAUCAUUGGCCUUUGACCAUGGAAGGGAAAACGUUUCCUUGUAGCAGAGGAUUUCAGAUAUGGGUGUGACUGUAAAAGCACAGAAAUUCAAAAUAUUGGGCAGACCACACCUUGAAAGUGCACUCCAUUCUGGACAUCUAACUGAAGAAGGAUGGACUUUAUUGGCCUAAGAGGAUGCACACAGCAGACUUACUUGUAUGAUAACUGGGACCAGAGGAUGACUUAUGAGGGAAGGCUGCCAAAAUGAGUCAGCAUUAUUACAGCAUAGAGCAAGGCUAGUUGAUUCAUUGAUUGGUAUAGCGCAAAUAAAGUAAAUGAGUUAACUACACCACCGAAACAUUAGUCGAGGAGGAAUGGGGCAAUAUUAUCAGUACUGGGGCAUAGGGAGCUGCUGUAGUGAAAAGAACUUCAUCUGAACUGUGCUGGGAGCAGCGUCUGGGCAAAUUGAAUAACUAGGUUUGUAGACUACAGGGCUUUAAAGUAAUGACAGGGUGCAGAGGGGAGUUGUUAGAGGACGCAGGAGGAGGGAAAUGUAGGCUGCUAAAUCACAGCAAUAUGGUAGCAUUUCAAGGCAACAAUUUUGACAAUCACACCAAAAUGUGACAGGAAGGGACAAGAGUACAGCAAGCAUAUAAUAAAAACAAAUCAGCAAAAUGAGACAAAGAACGAAAGAUAAUAAGACAAAGGUUAAUGACUCUUUACUUGAAUGUGUGUAGCAUAUAUGCAACAAAAUAAAUAAGUUAAUAGGAUAAAAUUGGGUUAAUGAAUAUGAACUUCUAGGUGACUGAUUAAUUAUUACUGUUGCCAGGACCUGAGUUUGAUUCCAGCCUUGGGAAACCGAUUGUGCAGAGUUUACACAUUCGCCCUGUAUCUGCAUAGUUUUGUGCUGGAUGCUCUGGUGUCCUCACACAGUCCAAAGAUAUGCAGGUUAGGUGGAUUGGCAAUGCUAAAUUGUCCUGUAGUGUCUAAGGUUGUGUAGGUUAGGCAAAUUAACCAUAGGAAAUACAGGGUUACACGACUAGGUUAGAAGGGUGGGUCUGAAUGGAUGCUAUUCGGAGGGUUAGUGUAGGAUGCAGGAGGAUGCUAUUCAGUGGGUCAAAUGGCGUGUUUCUGCACUGUAGCAGUUCUAUGAUUCUUGAUUCAGUUAUUCAUUACAGAUACACGGGAGACCAAAGCUGGAAGCUAUAACAUUCAAGUCAUGUGACCUUUCAAAAGAACAGGCAGGAAGGCAAGGGUGGCAGGUUGGAUUUGUUGUACAAGAUGGAAUUAGUACUUUAAGUGAAAAAUGCUCUUGAAUUCGGUGGUAUAGAAUCCAUAAGGAUGGAGCUAACAAAACGCAGAUGCAAGUUAUCGAAAGACCCCUGAACCCUAGCUUCUCGAUAGGUCACAGAAUGAAUCUAGAGAUAAUGAGGGCUUUUUGAAAAGGCAACACAUUAAUCAUGGAUGAUUUUAAUCUUCAUAUAUCUUUGGAAAAACAAAUUGGCUGAGUCAGCCAAGGAACAAUUCAUUGAGUGCAUUUGGGACAGUUUCGUUAUCCACAAUAUGUUGUAUGUUCUCUGACUAAAAGAUUCUCCUAGAGAAUAGUGAUCAUAAGUUGGUAGGAUUUAGCAGUUUGAGAGUGAGAAAGCUGAGACAAUAACAGUUGUGUUGAGCUUAAAUAAGGAUAAUCACCUGGGAAUGAGGAAUGGUGCUUGCCUGUGACCUAGGAGCCCUAAGUACUCAUCCCACCUGUUCCAGAGACAUGCAAUAACAUAGACCAGUAUAACACAGGAACGGGCCGUUCGGGCCACGAUGUUGUGCCAAACAAAGUGCUAAAUGAAACUAAUCGCUUCUGCCUGCCCUUGGUUCAUAUCCCUCCAUUCUGUACGUAUUCAUAUGCUUAUCGAAAAGUCCUUGAAAUGCCCUUAUCGUACUUAACUCAACCACCAUCCCCUGCCAGCAUGUUCCAGACUCCUACCACACUCUGUUUAAAAAAAAAUUGCCCUUCACACCUCCUUUUUACUCUCCCCACUCACCUUAAAUUCAUGCCCCCUAGUAUUAGACGUUUCAACUCUGAGAAAAAGACUCUGUCAACUGUAUCCACACAUCUCUUAAUUCUAUAGACUUCUAUCAAGUCUUAUGUCAGCUUCUGCUGCUCGAGAAAACAACCCAAGUAUUUUUUAGCCUUUCCUUAUAACUCAUACCCUGUAAUCCUGGCAGCAUCCUGGUAAACCUCCUCUGCACUCUCUCCAAAGCCUCCACAUCCUUCCUGUAAAAGUGGUGACCAGAAUUGAACGCAGUACUGUAAGCGGGGCCUAACCAAAGUCUUAUAAAGCCACAUGAUGUCCAAACUUCUGUAUUCAAUUCCCCAACUGAUAAAGGCAAGCAUGCCAUCCGCCUCAUUUACCACUCUCUCUACUUUCAAGGAGUGGCCACUUUCAAGGAGCUAUAGACUUGAAAACCAAGAUCCUUCUGUACAUCAGUGCUGAUCAGAGUCCUGCCAUGAACUCUAUUGUUUGCCUUAACAUUUGAUUUCCCAAAGUGCAUCACCUCACACUUAUCCAUUAAACUCCAUCUACUAUUUCUCCGCCCUUGCCUGUAACUGAUUUAUAUCCUGCUGAACCCUUUCACAACUUUCUACACUAUUGACAAUUCCACCAAUCUUUGUAUUGUAUACAAACUUACAUCUGCAAAUAACAUCU